AUGAAAAGAAUCCGGAAACAGCCUUUUCCAACAAGAGGACAGCACUUCUAAAGAUUAUUGAGGAAUCUCCGGUUCGUAAAACAAUCAUUUUCUGCAAUAAGAUUGAGACAUGUAGAAAGGUUGAAAAUGUGCUGACACGGCUGGACAGGAAAGCGUCACAGAUCAAGGUUCUACCGUUCCAUGCUGCAUUGGACCAGGCGAAACGCAUCGCAAACAUGAAGGAGUUCCUGAAGAAACAGACUACCGACUCGAUGUUCCUCGUGUGCACAGACAGAGCUUCGCGAGGGAUCGACUUCACAAACGUGAACCACGUGGUGCUCUUCGACUACCCCUGUGACCCGAGCGAGUACGUGCGCAGGGUCGGCAGGACAGCCCGCGGCGCAUCGGGUGACGGCAAGGCUUUCGUGUUCGCGGUGGGGAAGCAGGUGUCCCUGGCCAGGAGGGUGAUGGAGAGGAACCUCAAGGGGCACCCGCUACACGACGUCCCGUGCUUCCAGUUCUAGAAUUGGGGCUGAUGAUGCUUCUCUCCCCCCCACACAGCUCUAGCUAGUAUUUGCAGUAGUAUAUGAUGAUGUAUAUGCACUACUGUCACAUCUAGGAAGGAUAUGUAUGCUACUAGUGUUCUGCUGAUCAUGCCUGUGUGCUGCUGAUCAUACAUUUAUUUAGGUUAAAAAAUGUGUAGUACAAUGAGAAGCGCAAAGGUGUUUUAUAACAUUCAAAAUAAGUGCAAGGCACUCAUGUUCAGGUGA